UAUAACUGCUUUAAAUUUUCAGACAGUGGGAGUAGCUCACCGUUGCCCAAGUAUGCCUCAUCUCCCAAACCAAACAACAGCUACAUGUUCAAACGAGAGCCCCCAGAGGGAUGUGAGCGAGUGAAGGUCUUUGAGGAAAUGUCGUCUCGUCAGCCUGUCGCAGCCCCUCUCUUUUCAUGUCCUGACAAAAACAAGGUUAAUUUCAUCCCAACCGGAUCAGCUUUCUGUCCUGUAAAGCUCCUGGGCCCCCUGCUUCCUUCUUCAGACCUGACGCUGAAGAACUCUCCAAACUCUGGCCAAAGCACAGCUUUGAGCUCGCUGACUGUCGAGCAGCUUGCGACUCGGGUCUCUUUCUCCUCUCUGUCGGAUGACACCAGCACAAUGGACUCUACAGAGGUCUCGGUACAACCACCCCAGCAGCAGCAGUCGCUUUUGCAAGAAAUUCAGACUGAAGAGCAUUCCUCUCCUCAGAGCUACGUGUUAAUCUAGACGCAGGCGGAGCAGGUCUCUGCCCUGAAACGAGGACUGAGGAACCCAUAGUUCAGAUACAUCUGCAUGAGGUGGCAACCUUCCAGAACAAAACAGAAUACUUAUCAGCAGUCUAAAAAAUAUCUCAACACUGUUCUUGGCAGGGACAGAAUUCAUAUUCAGCAUUUUUUUUUUUGGUGAAAAAGCAGUGAUGCCUGCAGAAUCCAUAUAUCAUUAAGCGUUUUAAGUGGAGACUAUGCAUUUCAUAGUAUGUUUGACCAGAUUAGUACUGUGUCCUGUGUUCUGUUUCAAAUUCUACAGUAUAAAUAAGCUCUAUAUAUAUAUAAAAAAGUUGCCUGUCUGAAUAGAAAAUGUCUUGCUGUGUUGUGUCCUAUGGAAAAUACUGUACUUCAGGAUUAUGUUUACAAUUGAUCCAGGUGUUUAUGUUUCUAACUUCUGUAAUACACACAAUGCAAAAAAAAAAAAAAAGAAAAUUAAAAAAAAAAUGGCCACAACAGUUGCACAGUGCCCACCCUAUGGCCUAGCUUCAGGUACUUCUCUCGAAGUGUAAACUCAGGUAACUUGGAAUGUAUAUCAUAUUGGGAACUUAAAUAUUUUACAGCUACAAAGCUAAAGAGGGAACAUCACUCUUUUGCCUUUCCUUAUUUUAUGCAUUAAUAUUUCCUCAUUACAUUCCACUUUCUUGGAAUAAGUGCAUUCAGAUCCAGGUGACCCUGGACAUGGGUGAACAUGAGGAGAACCAGCAAAUCUGUGAUGUAUAUCACUUUGUCAUGUGCUUACAAGUAAAACAGCUGUUGCGUUUACUGUCAUUUCAAUAUAUGUAAAAUGUGGCAUUUACAGGUUUCAGGUGUUGCUCAGUUACUGACUGUUAAACUGUUGCAAAUAAAGUGUUCAGUGCUAGGCUGUACAUGAGAAACAUUCCAUGUUGUGUGUGAAAGGAUUUUGAAAGACAAGAAUGUUUUUGUUCAGCUACAGAAAUUCUUUCAGGUUUCACAGGGGGUGAUGGGGAUUUCCUCUCAUGUUUUUGUUGGCAGUUAAGGAUGUGAAAUGCUACUGUUACCGACUACAAGUCAAAUUAAUGUUUAGUUUCUCUUUUGGAAAUGUUCAUUCAUUUGCUGGUUGGAAAUAGGUUUUCAGAUUUUGUUUAAGCAGUGUUAGAUGAGCAGCAUUUUAUUUAUGUAGUGAGUAAUUGUGUUUGGAUUUAAGUCCAAAAGUAGCAAGUGAGUGUUUUAAAGAGGGGCGGGGAAAACAAUAGUUUUAAGUACAUGUUGCUUAAUCAAAGUUUCUCCGAUAACUUUCAGUUACCUAAGUUCUGUGUAUAAAAGUGUUUUUUUUUUUUUUUUUUUCCUCUCCUCCUUAAAUGUGAAUAAAAAUCCCAGUAAGUAUGUCCUGGUUCUGCAGGCUGGACACUUUCUUAAAAUAGCGCAUGGCAAGAGCUGUGUAGUGGUGCUCCUCCGUUGCACCGGCACAACCAGGGCGCCGCGUUCAGAGCUAAUUUCCUGUGAUACAAAGAGGACCCCAGAGGCAAAAUAAACUUGAUGUUCUUGCUCCAUGGCUUUCAGCGCAGCGGAACUGCGUUUAUGCCGUCUGCUCCUCGGAGAACAAGGUUCACCUUUUCCAGGAAUUGAGGAGAUCAGUAGCCUGCAGCUACGGAGCAUUUAGACUCGCUCCAUUGCUUUUUUUUCUUUUGAAGAUGAGCUGGGAGGCGGGGUGAGAGUAAGCCACCAAUAACUGCCCACUGAGCAUGUGUUUUCUUUGGAUAUGAAGGAGCAGAGCUUCUUUGUUAUUGCGAAGGUUUCGUUGAUACUGUCUUGCAAGGUGGAAUUUGCAGCCUAUAAAAGUUACUGGGUUUUGAGUCCCCUUGCAGAAAAUGCAUAAGGAGAGAGCAGUCUGCCUAAGCAUUUUCAUAUGAAAAACCUUGAAACACAACAGCCAUCUUUAACCCUACUAAUCUCAGGCCUAGGAGAAAGCACUGUAUGUUUUAUAGACUGAAGAUAAAGGGGAGAAAGUACUUGUGAGUAUCAAUUCCUUUUAAUAUUUUACUUUCUAGAUUAACGGGGCAGUAUGAUGACCUUUUUGUGCUCUGGUUCUGUCCAGGUAAGGAGCUGCAGUCUCAGUUACUGGUGGUAGCUCACCAAGGGAGGCGACGAGUGGGUUGGAGAUCAGUGGUGAAUUCUGUGUGACGUUUGCCAUGCCAUGACUUGUUCUUUAUUUUAUUUUUCCAUGAGAAACUAAAUAUUAAUUAUAUUGCACAUUUGUUCUUAGCAGGUUUGAAGGUUUUGAACCAAAUGUGUUAAAGCUAGUGCUUUGCCAUGUAAAUUUCCCAGCAGUUGUUUAUCUCAAUUGUAUUCUACAUUCAGCUGUAGAAACCUGUCAAAUAUUGUUUAAAGUUUUGUACAUAGUUGUACUGUUAUUUCUAGCCACUGUGCUCAACAGUAUUCAAGUUAUCACCCAAUAUUGCUUUACAUGAGGAAA